GUUCCCAAGGUCAAUUCAAAAUUAAUUACCCGUCACCCUUUUAUCUCUCCUUCUCGUCUCCUCCUCUCUCCCUUUCAAUAACAUGUCAACGAAAACCCUCCCCCGCCGUAACCCCUACCCGCGAUGGAAUUAUCACCCUUCCGACCUCCGUUACGAUCCCUCAACGACCAUCGGCAGUGGAUCCCAUUGGUCGGCCAUCCUACGAUUUCACGCAACAGUCUAUGUUUUUCGAUCGUCGACGCGAAGGGAUCGACGAAGAAGACAACGAACCUCCUCACCUUCCGUGAGAAGAAAAUGACCCUCCUACCCUUUUGCAUUGGCCCUCCUCCCCUUUCCGGCGAAGACGACGAAAAAGAAUUUGAGCAAGAAUGGAAAAGACGAAGAGACCGUAUCAUGUGGUUCCAACAGGGAAGAGGCUUGCAAGCUAUGUUUCUAGCAAGGUAGAAGUUGGGGUAGGUUAGACUCCUUUCUCAAGUAAGGUUACCAUCAAGAAACGGUGUCGUGAGAGCCGGAAUUAGGACAACAAGAUAGGGGGAAGAGGAAACAUACUGAUGAUGUUAGCGGCAAGAAGUGGAUCCCCAACUCUAUAAUUCAAAUUCCGAAGAGUGGAGUUUCAGAGGAGAAAUGCUAUACUUGAUUUUCCAUUGUUUAGGAUUCUCAGAAACAAUUUCUUAGAGAC